AUGAGAUCAGUGGAGAACUGUCAGUCUCGCGGAAGGGGGCAACAGAGUGGCAGCUAUUUGCUUGUAACUCAGUUUGUGUAUGUUAGUGGCAUCAGGGUACUUUGGUUGCGGUAAAGCCCUGUUCAGCUGGCAAUCUACUACAAUUUAUGAGUAGGUUAUAUUCGUGGAGAAGAAUCAUCUUUUUCGUUUUUUUUUAAGAUAAAUCACAUCGCUUCAAAAGGCACGUCAUUUAACUGUAAAUCUUGUUAGGUUAGAACGCUAUCAUAUAUAUUUUUGGAAGAUUUACCAGUUUGUCGGCAUUGUGAGUCUUAAGUGCAUUGCACUAGAUAUAUUUAAACAAAAAAGUUGUUUAAUGUAUGUAUUUAAUAUAUUCUAAUGUCAGUUCGUAAUCUCAUGCGCCUCAGUUAGGCUACAGUAGUUAACUGUAGAUUGCAGCAUACGUCACACGUUAUAAAGAAAUUAUAUUUUAUUUUUCCAAAUUUGAAGUUGUGCCUGAGCUUGAGUUAGUCGCUAUGAUGAUUAACAUUCUUGUGGAGUUCCUGGUGGUGAUUCUGAAAGUACUAUGGGCUAUUGUGGUGGCCGGGCUGAAAUGGAUUGUGAAACCCAAAGAGAAGAGUGUCGCAGGACAGGUGUGUGUGAUCACCGGGGCUGGUAGCGGUCUCGGGCGGCUCUUCGCCAAGGAGUUUGCACGGAGGCGAGCAGUCCUUGUGCUCUGGGACAUCAACAGCCAAAGCAACGAAGAGACUGCGGAGAUGGUGCGGCAAAUCUAUCGUGAGGUGGACAGCCCAAUGUCUAAAGACGGAACCGUUGGUGGUGUAGAAGAGGUGCCACCGUUCCAGCCGCAGGUGUAUACGUACACAUGUGACGUGGGCAAGCGGGAGAGUGUAUACUCCACUGCGUUGAAAGUGCGACGUGAGGUGGGAGAAGUCAACCUGCUGAUCAACAACGCCGGCGUGGUGUCGGGCCAUCCUCUGCUGGAAUGCCCAGACGAGCUGAUCGAGCGGACCAUGGUGGUCAACUGCCAUGCACAUUUCUGGACCACCAAGGCAUUUCUUCCCAAGAUGUUGGAGAUGAACCAUGGCCACAUUGUGACAGUUGGCAGUUCGCUUGGCCUCUUCAGCACAGCUGGUGUGGAGGAUUACAGCGCCAGCAAGUUCGGAGCCAUCGGUUUCCAUGAGUCCCUGAGCCACGAAAUCAAGGCGUCUGAGAAGGACGGGAUCAAGAUGACUUUGGUGUGUCCCUACCUUGUGGACACCGGCAUGUUCCGCGGAUGCAGGAUAAGGAAAGAGAUGGAGCCCUUCCUCCCGCCCCUGAAGCCAGAGUUCUGUGUCAAGCAGUCCAUGAGGGCCAUCCUGACCGACCAGCCCAUGAUUUGCACACCUCGCAGCAUCUACAUGGUCCACUUUAUGAAAAGCAUUUUGCCCUUUGAAGCCAUCGUCUGCAUGUACCGGUUCCUGGGGGCAGACAAGUGUAUGUAUCCCUUCCUGGCUCAGAGGAAGGAGGCUAUGAACAACAACGAAGCGAAGAACGGGAUCUAGGAGGGGAAGGGUCCCCUGUUCCCGAGUCACACAAGGGCACAUUUCCUGAUGGAGGAAAAGGAUGAGACCACUGUGGAAGAAAGUGAUGAAGAAUAAGAAGAAAAGGAAGAAGAAAAAGAAAAGACUGAAUAAAGACUGGUGCACUUGCAUUGAACCGAUGCAAAGGUUUACCAUAUUGUUCCUCUGGAACGAAGAAAGCUGUGUACUACACUAAGGAUUUAUUUGUCUUUCUUUAAAAAAAAAAAAAGGUUUGUUUUAAAGAAACCAACCAUCUAUAUACAGUGUCAAUAGUUUUGAAAUCAUACAUAAGGUAUUCAAUAAUUAACUAUUUACGUAAUGUAGUCACCAGCAUUAUUUAGUGUCUUUGUGAAAAUAUACAGUAUGUUACUGUACGAACAGUAAAUCUUGUCACUUUUGUUUUCAUUUGUAGACAUGCACUGUAACCUCUUACUUUCUCUACACUGCAAACACGGUGUAGAACAGUUCAACAUGGCAUUUCUUUUUUUUUACCACUCCCAAAUCCACCAGUGUAGGGUUAAACACCAGUAACUUCAGCCCAUAAAUAUCAAGAGGUUUAUGGCUUUGGACCGCUCAUAGCAUGUUUCAAAUUUGAUAAGGUCAGUUGAUGGAGUGCUAGAUCAAAUAUUUCAUCCGUUUGGAGUCCCUGCCCUUGACCAAGAGAGCAUUCACCGCAUUCCGAUUCUCCUCGACAAAUUUCAGUCCGAAGUUCUGGAAUCUUUCUGCGACCUCAUGGAACCAACCAAGAAAGAGGGAGAAGGAUUGUUGAGCAGCGGUCCCGCUUGUCAGUUGCGUAUUAUUUGAAAGAUGAAGAAUGUCCCUAGACCCAUUGUGUUGGGUCACUUUUAUGUCAGAUAAUUUAUAAAGUUAAAGGUUUCCCUCACUAACAACUAAAUUCAAUAAUUAACAUCAACAAGGCAUUAACAACAGCAUUUAAUAAUACUGAAUGUCUAGUUAUGCAGCAGUUAAUGGUUUGUUCAUAGUGUUCAAUGCAAUGCAUAAUGAUGGCUAAGAAAGCCAGAAGCCAGAAACUUAAACAUUUCAUAUUAUUUAUGUUUAUUAGUACUGAUGUUAAUGGUUUGUUCGUGUUAAUUAAUGCAUUGACUAAUGUUAAUUAAGGGAACCUUAACGUGAUCGAUUACCAAGGGCAACAAAUUCAAUUUUUCCCCACGAUAAUAUGUGCCAUUGUAAAAUGUCUUUUGCAACUAUUCAGCAACUGUACCAUACUGAUAUUGUGAAACAUCACUGUCUUUGACAUAGUCCUGAAUGUGCAGACCCAAACUGUUUUUAAAUGUUACCAACAUUUUGUUUCAGUUUUUGAGACACAAAUUUGGACAUGAAAUUUCAUGUAAUAGAAAGUUAACACAGUAACGCUCAAGGUGGAUUAAAAAAAAACUUACAUGGACAUGUUUGUCGUUCAGUGCUAACCGCAAACAUAUUUCACCUGCUUGUGAGGGCGUCUGAAAAUGUUGCAUUCCUUAAAAAAAUCUUUCCCCAUCAUGUCCAGUAGAGUGUUGUCUGUGAUCUUUUGUGUGUAUUCAAUCCACUGACCAUUGGAGUGACAUUACAGAGAUAGAUAUUUGGAUAUUUUGUAUGCUUUUAGGAACAGAUAUUUUUUUUAAUGAAACUACAUUCCAAUAGGCGUCAUUCCUCUCUUGACAGCAAUGGGCCUAAAAAUCUCUACCUCUUCAUUUUUGCCAUUUGUUGACCAUGACAUGCGCCUCUUUUUUUGUAUUUUUUUUUCUUAAGACUGCUCUUUAGAGGAGCAAACAAUGUGGUUCUGAUGUUUAGUGUCUCUACCUAACUUAAAUUAAUAAAUUGAUUUAGAUUAUUA